UUUUAGGGCUUAAGAAAGAAAAAGAAAACAACCUCCAAAACCCUUCUUUUUCUUCCGUCGUUGAGCUCGCUGAAGAAGAGUCAUGGCGAACGAAGACUUGGCCAGCUGGACCGAUCUGCUACAUUCUUCCUCUAAGCUUCUCGAACAAGCUGCUCCUUCUGCUCAGUUCCCUCCACUUCAGAGGAACUUGGAUCAACUCGAAGCGUUAUCUAAGAAGCUUAAAUCCAAAACUGUUAGGGCUGAGGCACCUUCCCAAUCUAUUGCUGCAACUAGGCUUCUUGCUCGUGAGGGUAUAAAUGCAGAGCAGCUUGCAAGGGAUCUGAAGUCAUUUGAGUUGAAGACAACUUUUGAAGAUGUUUUUCCUGUCGAGGCCACAAGCGUCGAGGAGUACCUGCAGCAGGUUCAUGAAAUGGCAAUGAUCUCUGCUGUCCAGGAAGCUCAGAAGGAUAAUCACAGGAGUUUCAAUGAUUACAUGAUGAAAGUUUUAGAGGAGGAUUGGCAAAAAGAAAAGCGUGAUUUCCUUCAGAGUUUAAGCCGGAUUUCAACAUUACCUAGGACAAACAUGAUUGCUAACAGCAAUGUGGGUACCCGGCCAGGUCAGAUUGUGUCUAUGGCUUCUAGUCCGCAAGUCUCUUCUGGCAGCAUGGAGAUUGUUCCCACGACUAGCAGACCCAUUGUGGAGAAAAAGGCAUCCGUCUAUGCUGAAGUAGUGAAAAAUCUGAAUAGAGCAAGGCAGUCUGGAUUGCCAUUUAAACCUGCCACAGGUUUCAAGGGUGCAUAUGAAAGUUUGGGCAUUGAUUCUAGUGGUGGAAAAUCAGUAACGAUGCGAAAGAUAUGGCACCUUGUUCAGAUGCUGAUGAACGAGGACUCAACCUUGCGUCGUGUUUCAAAAAGGAUGUCAUUGAUUAUUGGGGCCAGGCGCCAUCUUGAGUGGGGACAUGAGAAAUACAUCAUGGAUACUAUACAUAAUCAUCCUGCACAAGCUUCUCUUGGCGGUGGUGUCGGAAAUUUGCAAAGAAUCCGCGCCUUCCUUCGGAUUCGGUUGAGGGAUUACGGGGUACUGGAUUUUGACGCUGGUGAUGCUCGUCGGCAGCCUCCUGUUGAUACAACAUGGCAACAGAUAUACUUUUGUUUGCGAUCUGGUUAUUAUGAUGAAGCAAGAAACGUUUCCCUAUCUUCACGUGCUUCGCAUCAAUUUGCUCCAUUGCUCACAGAGUGGAUUAAUACUGGGGGAAUGGUACCGGAAGAGGUUGCAACUGCUGCAUCAGAAGAAUGUGAAAGAAUGUUGAGAACUGGUGAUCGGGUAGGCCGAACUGCGUAUGACAAGAAAAAGUUACUUCUGUAUGCCAUCAUAUCAGGUUCUAGAAGACAUAUUGAUCGUCUGCUUAGAGAUCAACCAACUCUUUUUAGUACAAUAGAGGAUUUCUUGUGGUUCAAAUUGUCAGCUGUGCGGGACUGCCCCACUGGAUCUUCGUCCAUUGUUCUAAGUGAUGGUCUGAUUCCAUACAGUUUGGAUGAUUUGCAAAGUUACCUGAAUAAAUUUGAACCAUCAUACUAUACAAAAAAUGGAAAAGAUCCUCUGGUAUAUCCAUAUGUCUUGCUUUUAAGCAUUCAAUUGCUUCCGGCUGUAUUAUACUUGUCUAAGGAAACAGGAGAUGAAGGAUAUAACAUUGAUGCUGCACACCUAUCAAUUCUACUAGCUGAUCAUGGGGUCCUUUCUGAAGGUGCUGGUACUGGGCAAAAGUUGGGAGUGAUGGAUGCUUAUGCCGAAGUGUCCACCAUUAUCAGGCAAUAUGGAUCUAUGUAUUUGCGUCUUGGUGAUCUCCAGAUGGCAUUAGAAUAUUAUGCACAAGCUGCUGCUGCAAUUGGUGGUGGGCAGUUGUCGUGGACUGGCAGAGGUAAUGUUGAUCAGCAAAGGCAGAGAAACUUGAUGCUGAAGCAGCUUCUAACUGAAUUAUUGUUAAGGGAUGGAGGCAUAUAUCUUUUACUUGGUGCAAGAGGUGCUGGAGAAGAAGGGGAACUGGGACGGUUUGUGGCUGAUCCAAAUGCAAGGCAACAGUUUUUGAUUGAAGCAGCAUGCCAGUGUCAGGAGGCUGGGAUGUAUGACAAAUCUAUAGAAAUUCAGAAGAGAGUGGGGUCCUUCUCAAUGGCUCUGGAUACCAUCAAUAAGUGCCUCUCUGAAGCUAUCUGUUCCCUUUUCCGUGGAAGGUUAGACGGCGAGAGCCGGACUGCGGGCCUCAUCCAUUCUGGCAAUGAGAUUUUGGAGACAUAUACUUACUACCCUGAUGUCAGUCUUCAGGAGAGAGAGCAUGUUUUUGAGCAGCAAACUGUAUUAAGACAACUUGAGUCAAUAUUAUCAAUUCACAAAUUGUCAAGACUAGGCAAUCAUGUUGAUGCAUUAAGGGAGGUUGCUAAACUUCCAUUUCUCCCUCUAGAUCCCCGAGGACCUGAUAUUGUUGUUGAUGUGUUUGAAAAUUUAUCUCCUCAUGUCCAAGCUUGUAUACCAGACCUCUUGAAGGUUGCUCUGACUUGUCUGGAUAAUGUGACAGAUUCUGAUGGAUCACUUCGUGCUUUGAGGGCUAAGAUCGCCAAUUUUAUUGCAAAUAACGUAAAGAGAAAUUGGCCUCGGGAUUUGUAUGAAAGAGUUGCGCAGAGGUUGUGAAAAAUGUACGAUGGGAAUUGUUUGUUGCCUUUGAAACUUUAAAGGCAACAGUAUGUUUUUUGAAUGAAGGUCCCCAGUAAUGUAAAACUUGUAAAGUAGUGGCAAUGUCAAUGAUAUUUAUGGUGGACCUAUGUCCUGGAGAUAUAAUCGGAGAAACUACAAAUGUGAAAUAAAACUGGUUAUGAUUUUUCUCUUCA